ACGAUUCAAAGCUCUCCCUCUCCUCCAACCAUUUUACUCCGCAAAAAAAUCAGUCCAGUCCACACCACACUCAAAAUGAAACCCUAGAAAUGCUAUUCUGAACUUCACUUAUUCGUUCACCAAACUCGAUCAUGGCAUCCACUUCUACGGUUCCUCAAACUGUUGGGUUUCUACAUUGCCAUCGUCAUCUCCGCCAAACCAAAACAAAAUCAAAAGCCAAAAUCUUUUUUGGGAUUUCAGCUGCCCAGCAAAAAGACACUAACAGCAAUAAUAAAAUCGAAUCCGUCAUCAGCCGCCGGUCUCUCCUCCUCUUAUCAUCCUCUGCAUCCGUAGUUUCCCUUACCUUCCCUUCUGUAGCAGCUGAAGAUAAAGAAACAGAAGGAAAAAAAGAUGCUAUCACCACUCCAAAUUCCCCAUCUCCGCCUUCUCCAUCUAAACCUUCUCCUCCUCCUGCUCCUCCCAAACCUUCUACACCAGACACCACAAUUACAGAUAGAAUCUUCAUGGAUUUCAGCAUUUGUCCUAGUUUCAACAGCUCUGAUCGAACCCUUGGGGAUGAACUCAUAACAUGUCAAGAUACUGAACCCUUGGGUCGGGUUGUUUUCGGUCUCUAUGGUAAGGUGGUUCCAAUAACAGUGGCGCAUUUCAAAGCAAUGUGCAAUGGUUCUCCUACUGCUGGUUCCUCUUACAAAGGGACGCUAGUUCAGAAAAUAUUUCCUGGUCAGUAUUUCAUUGCUGGUCGUCAGGGUAGGAACAGAGAUAAGGGAACUGUACGCCCACCUUCGGAUUUGGCAAGGAAUACAGAAGCAAUUGAUUCUAAGUCUUUUGCUCUUGGUCAUUCCAGGCCUGGUGUUCUCUCACUGUGUUUGUCUGAGAAUGAUGAUGAUGAUGACAUAAAGCUGGAUCCAACUUACAGAAAUGUUGAGUUCUUGGUUACUACUGGUCCUGGACCGUGCCCACAACUUGACAAUGGCAAUAUUGUGUUUGGAGUUGUUCUGGAAGGGUUGGAUGUUGUGACGACUAUAGCUUCCAACCCCACAUACAAGCCAUCAGAACGAAUUCGGCAGUUCAAUGAUUUGGCUGAGUUCUUUGGGGAUGAAAGAGCCCAGAAUGCACGAACAAUUUGGAAUCGUCCUCUUAAAACAGUUUACAUUAGUAAUUGUGGAGAGUUCAAAGUGGCCAAGCCUUCGCUUUCUCCCACCUUGCCUUAAUUUAUCAGUUAUCUGGCUCCUCAUGUACAAGUAUAUAUUUUCUACGCCUUACUGUUACUCGUAUUUCUAGUUUGGACAAACAUUAUCGAAUCCUUCUCAGGCUUUAGAUUUCUUGUAUUUUUUCCCCUGCUUAUCCAUGAGCAUAAUAAUCAAUCUUCCAAGUUACUGGAGCUCAUGGUAUUAAAUUUUGUAAGUUUUGGUUUCCAUUGAAGCUGAUAUGAAAUAUAUUGUAAGUUUUCAGAUUUCAACC